ACCUUUUUCCCACGCAUCUUCCUCCCGCAUGACUGCCUCUGCGGACGAGCGGCUAAAGUACCUACCCACGAAGAUAAAGAAGCAUAGAUAUGAGCGAAAACUAGCAAAGGCAAAGGCAGCGGCGAGGUCAGAGCUGGACAGUUUUGGCUGGUCGAAACAUUGUUUUUCCACUCGCAGCUUCUUAGUAUGCUCUAGGGAUUGCGUUGAGAGAAUAAACUACGAUGAAGUAUCAGAGGAAGAAUUUAUACGACGCUUCGAAGAGCCUGCCAUUCCCGUUGUCAUCGAAGGAGCCACAAGGACUUGGCCUGCCGAGAAACGAUGGUGCCCUGAAUCGUUUUUAGACACGUACAGAGAAGAGAAGUUUAAGGUGGGAGAAGAUGACGACGGCGAUCCGGUGUACCUACCGGUAAAGUACUUUAUGCACUAUGCUCUUGUGUCCGGAGAGGCAGCCAAGGACGAUUCGCCACUCUAUAUCUUCGACAGCACAUUUGGAGAGCGGAAGUACAAUAAUUCUGGACGGUCUAAACGUAGACAAAAGAAACAAAAAUCAAAGCGAGCAUUAGAGGGUGAAGAUUGGGAUAGCGAGAGGAAAGAAUCACAACCUACGUGCAAACUUCUAGAAGAUUAUGAAGUUCCAAAAUAUUUUCGCGAUGAUCUUUUUCGAUUAUGCGGUGAGCGCCGCCGACCCCCGUACCGUUGGAUGGUGGUCGGACCAGCGCGGUCUGGGACUGGUAUACAUGUGGAUCCACUAGGAACAAGUGCCUGGAAUGCGAUAGUAUAUGGUCACAAGCGCUGGGUGCUGUUUCCGCCGGGGACCCCCAGAGAUAUCAUUGAACCCGCACAUGUGCCAGAUCAUGAAGCAGCCAGCUGGUUUGCACACGUGUAUCCAAGCAUGGAGGCACGAACAUCUGAUGGAAAGACUUUAGGCGAACGUUUAGGAAUGAGAGAAAUUAUUCAGAAGCCAGGAGAAACUGUCUUUGUACCAGGCGGCUGGCAUCACGUUGUCAUAAACUGUGACUUUACGAUUGCCGUUACGCAGAAUUUCUGUUCAAGAACAAACUUGGAAACCGUUUGGCUACACACGAGGUAUUCUCGUCCACGGUUGGCAAAAAAGUUUACAACUAGAUUAGAAGAAUUGUCUUCCUCUUCUGAAUUCUAUGCGAGACUGAGAGAGCGCAUUCGUACCUUGGAGACUGUUCCCGCAGUGCCUCCCGAUAGCAGUAGCUCUAGUGGCUCAAGUAGUAGUAGCAGUAGUGGAAGCGAUGACACACUCUCUGAGAGUACGGAUAUGGAUGGUAAUUGCCUUUGCCGUUCAUGCAAACGCAAGAGAAAGAAACCACUGCCAAGAUGACCAUAUAAAUAAAUUGUAUAUCAAAGAA